AUGAAGAUUUCAAACAUUGUGUCGGUGUACGUGGCAACUGUCCACGCCUUGAGCAACAAACUAAGCAGACGCAGUGUCACCUCAAUGGAAUCUUUGAUAGAUCUGUCAGAUGCCAAUUCGGCUCUGGAUCUCAACCAAAUCCGUUUCCAGUUGAUUCGACUUGAGGACAGCAUCACGUUCCAACUGAUUGAACGUGUCCAAUUUCCUCUCAACAAAAACAUCUAUGUCUCUGGUGCUGUCAAAAUUCCAAACAGUACAUUGAGCUUCAUGGAUUGGUGCCUUUGGGAACAGGAAAAGCUCCAGUCUCUCAUUCGCCGUUACGAGUCUCCGGAUGAAUACCCCUUUUUCCCUGAAGCUCUUCAGACUCCAAUUCUGCCCUCCUUGAACUACCCCAGAAUAUUACACCCGAACAAUGUCAAUGUGAACACCAAAAUCAAGGAGUUCUACACGGAGCAUUUCCUGCCUGCCGCCUGCCCGAAGCCCGAGCAUGGCGAUAGAGGUGCCGGCCAGGAGCACUAUGGAUCAUCUGCCACAGCGGACAUUGCUUGCCUCCAGGCCCUCUCGCGCCGCAUUCACUUUGGUAAAUUUGUGGCCGAGUCGAAGUUCCGGAGCGAAGAGCAGAAAUACACCGAGAUGAUCAAGGCCGGAGACCGACAGGGCAUCGGCAAAGCUAUUACCAAUGAGACGGUUGAAAAGCAAGUUCUGGACAGGCUGAGGCUCAAGGUCCAGACCUACGGCAGGGACCCCAUCACCAUGUCAGAGCAUGACGUGCCGACUAAGAUUGACGUGGAAUCCGUUGUUUCCAUGUACCGGGACUACGUCAUUCCUCUGACCAAAGAGGUCGAGGUAGAGUAUCUGAUGCAAAGGCUGCAGCCGGCAGCCUAA